AUGAGAGUGGAACGCCGCAGCACGGAAUUCAAGGAGACUGUGGAGAUUGAGCGGGAGACAAUCCAGGGCAGCACCAAGAAGACGCGAGACGAGAGUUUGGGUCAAAUGCAUGUGAUCGUGUACACCAAUCACAAUGGCGAUCGCAUCGUGCGGGAGGUUCCUUACUGUUGUCAAGAAAGAGACUGCAUGGAGCAGAGACCGAGUAGUCCAUUGAGUGACAGUCAGCAUUCCUCGCAGCCUCGACGAGUUGCCACAGCAAUGAUCCUCGGUUAG